CAGCGCAGAGUCAGCGCCCGGGACCGCUCCUCGGCCGCACGCGUCGCAGCCAUGGUCGGAAAAAAAGCACUGAUUGUACUGGCUCACUCAGAGAAGACAUCCUUCAACUAUGCCAUGAAGGAGGCUGCUGAAGAAACUUUGAAGAAGGAAGGAUGGGAGGUGAUUGAGUCAGACCUGUAUGCCAUGAACUUCAAUCCUGUCAUUUCCAAAAAGGACAUCACAGGUAAACUGAACAACCCUGGGAACUUUCAGUAUGCUGCUGAGUCUGUUCAGGCUUAUAAAGAAGGCCGCCUAAGCCCAGACAUUGUGGCUGAACAAAAGAAGCUGAUGGCUGCAGACCUUGUGAUAUUUCAGUUCCCAUUGCAGUGGUUUGGAGUCCCCGCCAUUCUGAAAGGCUGGUUUGAGCGAGUGUUCAUAGGAGAGUUUGCCUACACUUAUGCUGCCAUGUAUGACAAGGGACCUUUCCGGAAUAAGAAGGCAGUGCUUUCCAUCACCACAGGCGGCACCGGCUCCAUGUACUCUCUGCAAGGUGUCCACGGGGACAUAAAUAUCAUUCUCUGGCCAAUUCAGAGUGGCAUUCUGCAUUUCUGUGGCUUCCAAGUAUUAGAACCUGAACUGGCAUAUAGCAUUGGUCACACUCCAGCAGAUGCACGAAUUCAGAUCCUGGAAGGAUGGAAGAAACGCCUGCAGAAUAUUUGGAAUGAGACACCACUGUAUUUUGCCCCAAGCAGCCUUUUUGACCUUAACUUCCAGGCAGGAUUUUUACUGAAAAAAGAGGUACAGGAUGAACAGAAAAACAAGAAAGUUGGCCUUUCUGUGGGCCAUCACUUGGGCAAGUGCAUCCCAACUGACAACCAGAUCAAAGCCAGAAAAUAAGAUUCAUAAGACUGGAUUUCUCUCUAACAUGUAGUCAAGUCUGUGUAUCUUUUUUUCAAGUUUCACCAACUUACUUUAGUUUUUAAGAUCUGGGUGUUUCUUUUUCCACAAGGAAUGAAUAGGAGAGGAACUAGACUGU